GUUUGUUAUUUCAACUUAUACUCUCCGCUACUCCGCUAGUCACCGCGCCUCUAAUUGCUCGUCAGGCUCUACAUCACAACGCUAGUACUUGGCCUAUUAAUUUUUAAUAAGAGAAGUUCUUGGUUACGACUGCUUCGCUACCACUGCUUAUCAACCGAACUAGAUCCAGUCAAUUGAAAUGUUUCCCCGAGAUCGAUCAGGCAGUGCCUACCACCUCCACCCUCUCCUCCACCGCCCAUUCAAGUUGCACUUACCUAAACUUUAGUUCGCCUUCAGGCCAUGUGACAACCAUUGCAUCUUCUUCUGUUGCCGAUCUGCUGUUUGGGAUAAUGAGUUACCGAAUUUAUUUGAUUAACCAUGUAUCUUCCCCCGACCACCACCAAUAUGCCUACAUAUGUCUCGAAUCAUGGCUCCUGGCAUAGUAACCCAGUGACUCCUCAUCGCAAUACCCCGCACUACGAUCCUCAGGUGUCAUGGGACACGUUACCGAUGUGGCCGGACGUCCGAGUCCACCAUUUCAAUUCCACCGUGUCUAACGAGCCGUGGCAGAACGACAUCCCUCCUUCACUCUCAAUUUAUAUACCUCCGCAUCUGGCUGCGGUAUAUCGCUUUUCGCCGCCGCCGCACGGUGGAAAUAUACCCACUUACCGCCCAUCACCUCAUAAUCAUCCCCCGUCUCCCCUCCUACACUGCAGAUGGCUACAUGAAGACCAAAUUUGCGGAUUCCAAGGAACGCUGGAGGCGCUAAAAGCGCACUGUAAAGCGCACUUCAGUACCGGUCCUCCACACGCACAGAUAGAAUGUCGCUGGGACCGUUGUAAUUAUAAAAAGCGUUCCAACUCUAAAAUACGUUCUAUGCGCAGGGAUUGUCUUUGGCGCCACACGUCUGAGGUCCAUUUGGGAAUGAAGAGGGUCACCUAGGCGAGCUCGCCCCUUCGUCCAUCCUUGCUGUAUCUAUAUCCUUGCUGUAUCCUUGCUAGCUGUGUUGCUAUGUCGAUCCUUAUCGAUCGUUCGUCGUUGACUCUCAUGUCAUAGUUUUCUAUGUUGACACCAAAAAAUGACACAAUCAUUCUAGCCUCUUGAAUAUUAUGGCAUCAAUAGUGAGGAGCCCGUC